GAUGACUGGCCAAGCGGAGAGAUAACCUAAGGUCACUCCAGAGACGUAGAGCUCACCAGCUCAGUGUAUCUACCAGACUGCUACCAUCACCAUGUCAUCACCACCACUGACACUGACACUGCUGCUGUUAAACACUAUCUUACUGGUGGGAAUGUCCAUAAGCCUAGCAGAGGGGAAGUCACCAGCAUCUAAACAUCUUCCUUGUCCAAUAGAACCAUACACUGAUGUUGAUUUAAAUAAGGUAGGAGGCACAUGGUAUGCAGUGCGGGGAAUAGAGCAUGAGAGUAUUAAGCAGACAAGCAGACAACGCAACAACAACGCCUGUCCUGUCAUCACACUCAAGCUGGUGGACACAAGACACAUAGACUUCUCAUAUGACUCCAAGAAUGGCUCAGAGCCUAAACACUACAACAUGACAGUCAAGGACCCAGCACACCCCAGUGUCUGGACCACUGAGAAAGGCACUAAGAAGCACGUGCCGUUUGCUAAACUCCAAGUCAACGACAUGACAGAAAACUCCCUGGCACUCACCAUGUGUGGCACUCAGAGACUGGCUAGUGUCAUACUCUCAAGGGAGAAGAGGUUUGACGGAGACAUAGUUGAAGCCGUUACCAAGAGGUUGGCUGGAAAAGGACUCAACACAACUCGCAGCUUUGAUCGCUGCAAAACAUAGGCUUCACAAGACAACAAAUAUCUCCUUUUGAUAUUAUAUUACAAUUUUACUUUUGGUAUUAAGUAGGAUUAUUUUUAAUAGUAAGUUAUUUGAUACUUUUUGUAUUGAGCCUAGAUGAGAGUUUACUAUAGACUAUGAUAUAAAAUAAAAACUUUUUACAAGUAAAAA